GAUCACCCAAUAUGAGGAUUUAAAACAGGGAUGCCUUGGAAUAUGUUUUCAGGAAAAAAUUAAUCUUGGACGAAUCUGGAACUCUGUUAAGGUUAGAUUCAGCUGGGAUAUAGAAACAGAAGACUUUCAAAAUGUAUGGAUUUGUUAAUCACGCCCUGGAACUUUUAGUGAUUCGAAACUUUGGCGAAGAAGCAUGGGAAGACAUCAAGAAAGCCGCCGAUUUAAGUAUGGAUGGCCACUUCCUGGUGCGGUAUGUCUACGACGAUUCCAUUUCCUACGAUUUGGUUGGUGCCGCUUCGAAAGUUCUAAAACUUCCAGCUAGCGACAUCUUAGAAUUGUUUGGAGAAAUGUUUUUUGCCUUUUGUCAAGAAUCUGGUUACGAUAAAAUCCUGCAAGUCCUUGGAGGUACCACAAAAGACUUCUUACAGAACUUAGAUGCGCUACACGACCAUCUUGCCAGCAUUUAUCCAGGUAUGCGCGCUCCUUCUUUCAGAUGCUCAGAAAGGGCCGAAGAUGGAGCAACGAUACUGCAUUAUUACUCAGACCGCCCGGGUCUCGAACCUAUUGUCAUUGGUAUUGUAAAGGCUGUUGCCAAACAGGUGUAUAAUUCUCAGGUGAAUGUUGAAGUGAUAAAAACGAAAGGUGAAGAUUCAGACCAUGUCCAGUUCGCCAUUAUUGAACUGGAGGGAGGUGAACAGAAGACCAGUACUGAAAUGGAUGUCAAUGAAAAUACUCUGUCUACAGAACCGAAAAUUAGUCCCAUAACGUUUUGUCGGGCAUUUCCCUUUCACGUUAUGUUUGACCGGAAGUUGGUGAUAUGCCAAACUGGAAACUCCAUUUCGCGAGUGAUUCCGGAAGUUGUAGAGAAGAGAUUGAAAAUCAAUGAGAUAUUUGAAAUGAUUCGACCACACAUGGGUCUCAGCUUCGAGAACAUUCUUGACCAUAUCAACACCGUGUUCGUCUUCCGCUCCAAGAAGAUUCUGAUAAACGGAGGAGGAGAACAAACGAUCGAGAACGACAGCUGUUCGAUCUACCAACACGAAUCUUCUAGAUUAAGAUUAAAAGGGCAAAUGAUUUACGUACCGGAAUGCGAUUGUAUGAUGUUCCUGUGUUCCCCGAGUGUCAUGAACCUCGACGAUCUCAAUCGAAGGGGUUUGUUCCUCAGUGACAUCCCACUCCAUGACGCCACACGAGAUCUCGUCCUUAUGUCAGAACGCUUCGAGGCAGAAUAUAAAUUGACGCAAAAGCUUGAAGUCCUUACCGAGAAACUCCAACAAGCGCACAGAGAACUUGAGGGCGAGAAACAGAAAACUGAUCAGUUAAUGUAUUCGAUUCUGCCCCCUUCCGUUGCCAAUAAACUGCGACACAACAAACCGGUAGAUGCUCUGAAAUACGAAGACGUUACGAUUAUGUUCAGCGGAAUUGAUGGAUUUAGUAAAUUCUGCGCCGAAAACUCCGAUGCGCGCGGUGCUAUGAAAAUUGUGAAAUACCUCAACGAUAUCUACACCAGGUUUGAUGUCCUCCUCGAUCCAAGAGUCAACCCGGACGUGUACAAAGUGGAAACGGUCGGGGAGAAGUACAUGGCUGUGAGCGGUUUGCCAGAGUUGUGUGAGACCCAUGCGAAGUGUAUAGCCCACCUUGCGCUCGAUCUCAUGGACAUAUCACAUGAACUCAGUGACCCCUGUGGCAACCCGAUGGUGAUUACAAUCGGAAUACACACCGGUGAAGUUGUGACUGGCGUCAUCGGCAAAAGGAUGCCCCGUUAUUGUCUGUUUGGAAACACGGUGAACCUGGCCAGUCGGACUGAAACUACGGGAGUGAAAGGAAGAAUCAACAUUUCUAAUUCAACUUACAAGUGUCUCCAGGAACCUGAAUGCCUCGACGAAAGCCUAAAUUUUGAGUACCGUGGUGAAGUAAUGAUGAAAGGAAAGAAGGAACCAAUGCCUUGUUGGUUUUUGUCGCGAAGACCCCUUGGACAACUUGAGACAUCGUUCGUUGUAGACCUAUAAGACAUUGAAUUGAACUCCAUACAUACAUACAUACAUACAUAUACGUGUGUGUGUUAUAUAUAUAUAUAGUGU